AUGCGCUCCUCAUCCUUCAGUCUACGUAAUUCGUAUAAUACAGUAGUGGCCCGGGAAAACCCCAGCCGCGUCGGGUCUGCGUGUCCGUGGCAUGCUGGGAAACGUAGUUCGCAAGAGGCUGCUUCACUAGAAAUUGCCAGCCGCGCAUGCGUACACAUCGGAGUGGCGGCAAUUCGCCGCGCGGAAGGGGCCCAACCAUCAGUCAAAUCCCACGGGAGGUAAAAGACCGAUACAGGAACUCCCUGUCUCCGGAACGGAAGAAGCGGCAGGCUGAGUGACGCGCGCUUUCGCCACCCGGAAGGGCUGAGCUGCUCUCGCGAGACUUUGAAGUAUGUCAGCCGCCGCGAGAAGGCGGAGGUUUGAAUCCUCCUCCAGUGGCGCCCGCUAAACCGUCGCGGCAGCUGGAAUCCCUUUAUCGGGAGGCCGAUCUUCUGCAAGCUUUACUCGGAAGUAAGUCGAGCAGAGGGGGUUGGGCUGGCGGGCGACGGAGCCACCAGCUGUCUUGGCUCUUUUGCGCAAAACAAAAAACAAAGGGCAGUUCAAUGCAGAGUAGAUCCAUUGAUCCGUGAUAACUUGGGUUCAUUGAUUUCAGUGGAUCUGCUCCGAGUGUAACUUAGUUGGGUGCAAUCCUACAGGGAAACGAGCCUCGCCGCACCGUAAAGACUAGACAGAUUUAGACUGCAGUUCCGUGCACGCAUAAGCUUCCCUUGAACCCAGUGGUGGGUUACUUUUGAGAGGAUAUGUACAGAGUUGCAUCGUUAAAGCUGCAAUCCUAGACACACUUGAGAGGCCAAGUCCCCUUGGAGCCUGAGAGACUUAGUCAUGCACAGGGUUGCAAUGCUAGGCUGCAACCCACUGCACACUUACUUUGGAGUUAGCCCCAUUGAACAAAGUGGGGCUUCCUUCUGAGUAGGUGUGCGUGCCUAGGCCUGCACCGCUGUUGUGGCUGUAGCAUGUCCAGAGCUACAUUCCUUUUGCAUGCAGUAAGCCCACCAGUAAUGUUCUGGGGUUCACACCUAAAGCCAACAUCUUGUACUGUCCCAACACAUUGGGUUCAAUGGCGGGUGGGAUUGCCAGCGUCUCUCUCUCUCUUUUUUUUUUUUUUGCUGGACGCCUGUCCCCUUUCCAUUUAUUUUUUAGACAAGUGUGUAAAGCUGAAUACGUACAAGUUAAAAGAGUGUAAGUUGUGGACUUACUGUACUUCAUUGGUAGUAAAUGUGCAUGGAUGUGGUGCUAAAUCGAGAUCUGCCAUUGAAUGUGAUGGGGUGUGCUCUCAAACACAUGUAACUGGUAAGUAUUCUGCCUUUGUUGAAACGGGAGCCAACCUUCUGGAGAAUUUGACAUCCGGAAAAAGUUAAUCCUCUGAGGCCACCAGGAGCUGACUAGGCCAUGCCACACUUGAUCUGGUGGUAUCUGACACACAAAAGCUUCAGCCACAAUAAAAUAUGUUGGUAAAAAGGAAAAAGUCUAAUACGGCUGUUGUUGUUUAGUCGUUUAGUCAUGUCCAACUCUUUGUGACCCCAUGGACCAGAGCAUGCCAGGCACUCCUAUCUUCCACUGCCUCCCACAGUUUGGUCAGACUCAUGCUGGUAGCUUCCAGAACACUGUCCAGCCAUCUCAUCCUCUGUCGUCUCCUUCUCCUUGUGCCCUCAAUCUUUCCCAACAUCAGGGUCUUUUCCAGGGAGUCUUCUCUUCUCAUGAGGUAGCCAAAGUAUUGGAGCCUCAGCUUCAGGAUCUGUCCUUCCAGUGAGCACUUAGGGCUGAUUUCCUUAAGAAUGGAUAGGUUUGAUCUUCUUGCAGUCCAUGGGACUCAAGAGUCUCCUCCAGCACCAUAAUUCGAAAGCAUCAAUUCUUCGGCGAUCAGCCUUCUUUAUGGUCCAGCUCUCACUUCCAUACAUCACUACUGGGAAAACCAUAGCUUUAACUAUAUGGAUCUUUGUUGGAAAGGUGAUGUCUCUGUAACUUCCUUAGUUGGAAUUUCUACUCUGCUGGAUUUACCUCUGAGUGAGGAACGUCCCAGUUCAUCCACCCAAACAGGAGAUGGACAGCAUUCCAUCAACUUUUCUCUGGCAGCAUUCCUGCUGGUGGUAACCAGCAGAACCCCCCAAAGCAGGGUGAUUUGGGGCAGGGAGCGGCUGAGUAUGCAGGAUCUGCUGAAUAUUGUGCAGACUGCUGCCAUUGUGUGAUGGCAGUGGACUCAACUGGGCCUUCUUGCUGUCUUAGCCUGGAAGCUAAUGCAGCAAAGCAGCAUUUUUUACUGCCAGCUCUACAAGAUAGUUGAGAUUAUCAUCAAGCAAUUACUACAGUGUUUUUCUGCAUAGUAUUGACAGGCAACUAUGGGUUGGCUAGUUUGUAAUCAACAUGUAAAAUUAUAUAUAUUCUAUCCAGCAAGUGGAAAAAAAACAUGUAUAGUUUACUGUAUUUUUUGUAUGUUCUGUUUGUCCUUUUUUGCAGAACUUUACUUAAAAGUAUAUUUUCUGUUUAUCACUCUAUACUUUCGUUUGCUACAGAUAUUUCUGAAGCCUGUUGA